CGCUUCUCCCAGCAGCUCAAGGUUGGGUUGAUCCUGACCGUGGCUCUGGAUUUUCGCUCUCUGUUCCCGCCAGAAACUAUGUCGCCGGUUCCUUCGCAAUGGACGCCGUAGAAGAAAAAGUGAUUUCAGAUGCCCGAGUCUGAGAUCGCGGUAUAAAGGAAGGGGUACAAAAAUGAAGACGCUGAUGCGCCAUGGGCUGGCUGUGUCUUUAGCGCUCACCACCAUGUGCACGAGCUUGUUGCUUAUGUACGGCAACAUCGGGAGCGGAGGCGACGGCAAUGACGGUACCGGCGGCAGGCGAGCCUUGAAGGAGCAAGUCCAGCAGCAGGUGGCGGCGACCACCCUUCAGAAGCCGGAGAAUCAGCAGCGACUGGGUAGUACCUCCCUGCGACCCUUUCCGGGACUCGCCGACCGCCCUUUGGAAGGCUACAUCAGCGUCCUGGAUCACAAGCCUUUGAAAAUGCAUUGCACAAGUUGUGCUCUAGUAACAAGCUCUGGACACCUUUUGCGAAGCCAGCAAGGGAACAGGAUCGAUCAGACAGAGUGUGUAAUACGAAUGAAUGAUGCGCCUACACGGGGAUUUGGAAAAGACGUUGGAAACAAGACAAGCUUGCGAGUUAUAGCUCAUUCCAGUAUCCAGAGAAUUUUACGAAAUCGAAAUGAACUGUUAAAUAUGAGUCACGGGACUGUAUUUAUCUUCUGGGGCCCAAGCAUUUACAUGAGAAGAGAUGGAAAAGGAUUAAUUUAUAAUAAUCUACAACUGAUGAAUCAAAUACUACCUCAGUUAAAAGUAUAUAUGAUAUCCCGACACAAAAUGCUUCAUUUUGAUGACCUCUUCAAACAGGAAACUGGAAAAGACAGGAAGAUAUCCAACACUUGGCUAAGCACUGGAUGGUUUACAAUGAGUAUUGCUUUAGAGCUGUGUGACAGGAUAGACGUCUAUGGAAUGGUACCACCAGAUUUCUGCAGGGAUAACAAUCAUCCUUCAGUACCUUAUCAUUAUUAUGAACCUCUGGGACCCGAUGAAUGUACAAUGUACAUUUCACAUGAACGGGGAAGAAAAGGGAGCCAUCAUCGUUUUAUCACAGAGAAACGAGUCUUUGAGAAUUGGGCCCGGACUUUCAAUAUUCAUUUUUUUCAGCCAGACUGGAAACCAGAAGCACUUCCUGUCAAUCAUGCAAAGAUUAAACUAGUAUUCUGAGGAAUGAAUGCACAAGGCUGUAAUCACAAUCACCUACUGUAUCAGGUUUCAGAGGAUUGAACAUCAUAUCACAGCAAGCCAACCUGAAAGAAGUAAGGUUAACAGGGCUUGCGGAUAAAAACAAAAAACAAAACCUGCUACAAUAUUCAGGAAGUUGUUACAAAGGAAUACCUAAAAGGGUGCUUGGUAUUCAGUAUACAAUUAAGCAACUAUUUUAAUUUCUGUCUAUUGCAUAUGUAUAUGUGAUUUGUUAAAAAGGGAAGGAGACAACACCUAUGGUAUUAAUGAACAUAAUUCAGGAGAUGUGUGAUUCAUUAUGUUUUUAAGGCACAUUGCCACUGGGUUUUCAUAGUGACAUUUAACAGUUACGUAGUGGAAGUUUUUAAUGCAAUCCAGUAUUUUUCUAUUUCACAAUGAUAUGGUUAUUUAUCUUUCAUAAUCGCUCAAAUACUGAGGAUUUAUAUUGCUGCUGGUUUAAUGCCCAGCUUCUUGUUUAUACAUUUUCUCUUUGAACUAUAGGAUAAUUCUAUCUGGCAUGUAAUUAAUAUUUGAUCUGGAAGUUAUGUAUUUUUUUUAAUUUUGUAUUCUUAGGCAGUGUUCCAGUAUCAAGCCAUUUUGAUAGCAAGCACAUCCUUAUGGGGAGCUCCAGCUGAGAGUGAUGGUUACAGCUAUAAUAUGUGACAUUAGAUAUACAAUUAAGAGUUAUAAGGAAAGACUUUCCAUAGCUGAUUAUUUUUGGUCUUUUGGUAUUGCUAAAAAAUAACCUGGAAGCCAGGUUUGAUCCAAAAAUAAUUUAAGCAAAUCUGAUUCUCAGAAGUGUCUCAGAGGGUGGUCUCUCACAUGCAUUCUGAGCAAUUAAAUCCUUCAAAACUAUACUAAGAAAUGUUUGGAUUACAUUCUUAGGGAUACUUACAUAGGAAUCCCAUUCAAUUCACUGGACUUUAUCUCCAAGGAGAUGUGGAUAGAGAUGCAGGAUUAGAUGCAGUUAUUUGAGGAUGACAUGGAAAGAUAGGAUGGGAUUGCAGUGGAAUCAGGAAAGGCUGACUGAUACCCCUCAAAAAUGGCAAAGCCCAGUCAUUUGUAUAUACUGGUUUAUGUACGCAAGUAGCAGUGGAGAGAGGGCAGGCCAAUGCGGAAGUGGAUUUUGACCAUAAAUGAACAUCCUGUAUGUUUUGUGGAGUAGGAAACAGACCAUACUAUUCUGAAGUGCAGUGAAUUAUAUGGAUGUAACAUUGGUCCUGUCUGACAUCAUGAUAAAAUGUGCUGGUUUCUUUCAGAUGCCUCAGCAAUAUCCAGAUCUAGCAAAUGAUAUUGGAUAGCACUAAAUAGUUCUGUAAAUGGAUACUCGCUCAUUAUGUUUCUUCGUGGGAUUAUACCUAGCUUGUGAAUAAAAAGCAUUUCAUUCACAGUGUUA